AUGGCAUCAAUGUAUACAAAUGUCAUGGUUCUUCUUGAUGGCCAUACGCAGAAGAGAGACAGAGAGCUUGAGGAGGAAAGAGAAAGAGGUAGACGUCUUGCUGUAGAAGUGGCUUCUCUGCGUGUGGAAAACACCUUUCUGCGAAGUACCUCACCAGGGCUGCAGCACACCUGGGGGCCAUACACGCCUCCGCGGCCACAGAAUCAACCAGCAUUAGCAUGGGUUGUCACCAAGGAAAUUCUCCAAGAAACGAUACGAGGCCACAAUGCCGACAUUGAUGAAUCUUUCGCGUUGAGCAAGGCGUCGGAUUUCCCAUCUCGGGAGCGCACUCAUGCACAGCAAAUUGUCGGCAACCGAUUGUUCCAGGAUUGGAUAGCCUCACCGCACUCAGCCAAGCUUCUGGUACAUUGGGAUGGGCGACUCCCGAGAACCAUCGCUGAUCUAUCGCCCCUGUCUCUGUUCUGUACAUCCAUGUCGCAAAUGUUACGUGGUCAUCCACGCUUCAUGCCUCUCAUCUGGCUUUGUGGUCUUCAUCUUGAUCCGGAUGAGAGCUCAGUGGGGGGUAGCUCCAUGCUCUGCAGCCUUAUUGACCAGCUUCUGCGUCGACAUGAAUUUGACUUGAGUUCGAUAACAACAACUGGAGCAGUUGAUCUCAACCACUUGCAGUCUGGCGACGACAAAGAGUUGUUGCGCUUACUGUACUUCCUGGUUCUUCAGAUUCCAGACACCAUCACCCUCGUUCUUCUUAUAGACAACGUUGUGCUUUACGAACGAGAGCAGAUGCAUGCUUUCGAUGCUUUGCUUGGUCUACUAGGACUGGUCAAUGAAAGGUUACCAGCAGCCGUUAAGCUUCUGUUCACCAGCACACCAGGGACUACUGAAGUGAGGGGAGCAUUUGAAGACGAGGGUCUGAUUUUAAAUGUCGAUACGCUGCCGUCCCUUGUGUGGGCUCCCAGCGAUGAACGCGUUGCGAGAGAGCUGGAAGAUGCGGUCUAA